UAAGAAAUAUUUGAUUUAUGUGUUUGACUGUGAUUAUAUUUAACGUGCGUUAUAACUCACUCAGACUUAUAUUUAACAAUUUAGUGAUAGUUGUCAUUGUUGACAUGUUAACAAAAAUGAAAUGCAUUUACCAGUUAUAUCUGCGUAAUUAAAUAUUUUGGUGUUGCAGCUUCAUUGCAAUAAAACAUUAAUCGAAUAACUCAUAAUGAUUUUAUGAAAAACUAUUUGUUGUGAACUUAUGAUGUGAUUAGAAAACAGACUUGUAAUAAAUUGUGAUCUUAUUUAUAUUUGAUAUUUCUAUUGCAUGAUGGCAAAUUCGGCUCGCACAAAGUUUGAAUACUCCCUUGUUGCUGAAGAUUCGGCCCCCAUAUCAAAACUACUGCCCAGAGAAUUAUUGCUAAGGAUUCUUUCAUACUUGGAUGUUGUGUCUUUGUGCAGAUGCGCUCAAGUAUCAAAGCUGUGGAAUGUAUUAGCACUUGAUGGGUCUAAUUGGCAGCGUAUAGACUUAUUUGAAUUUCAAACAGAUGUUGAAGGUCCUGUUAUAGAAAAUAUAUCGAGGCGCUGUGGAGGAUUUCUAAGACAGCUAUCUUUAAGAGGUUGCCAGUCUGUUGGCGAUGGUUCUAUCCGUCAACUUGCACAACACUGUCCAAAUAUCGAAGAUUUAAAUCUAAAUAAAUGCAAAAAAGUCACUGAUAUUAGUAUACAAGCAUUAAGCAGAUGUUGUGCAAAAUUAAUAUCCAUAAAUUUGGAUUCAUGUGCAAAUAUAACUGAUAUGAGUUUAAAGGCUCUGUCUGAUGGUUGCCCAAAUUUAGUGCACAUUAACAUUUCAUGGUGCCAUCUGGUUACAGCGACAGGGGUAGAAGCACUUGCACAUGGCUGUCCUAAGUUGCAAACAUUUAUAGGAAUAGGUUGCAAAGAUGUGAAUGAUAGAGCUGUUACUUCCUUAGCAAGAUUUUGUACAGGUUUGCAAGUGUUAAAUUUACAUGGCUGUGAUUCUCUAACUGAUGAGUCUGUUUGUCAAAUAGCCGAGCGAUGUCUCGGUUUGAGACAACUGUGCUUAACAGGGUGUGUUGGAUUGACUGAUUUGACUUUAAGCACUUUAGCUCAGAAUUCUCAUUAUCUGGCUACAUUAGAGGUUGCUCAAUGUUCUCAGUUUUCAGAUAUAGGAUUUCAAGCGCUGGGCCGCAACUGUAGACUGCUUGAGAGAAUGGACUUAGAAGAGUGUGUUUUAAUUACAGAUUCUAGCUUGGUGCAUUUGGCAAUGGGCUGCCCUAGAUUGGAAAAAUUGACUCUUUCCCAUUGUGAGUUGAUUACUGAUGAGGGAAUAAGGCAACUUGCAGCAUCUCCUUGUGCUGCAGAAAAUUUAUCAGUCUUAGAAUUAGAUAAUUGCCCUCUUAUAACUGAUUCAACAUUAGAACAUUUAACAGCCUGUCACAAUCUACAAAGAAUAGAACUAUAUGACUGCCAGUUAGUCACAAGAAAUGCUAUUAGGAGAUUGCGCAAUCAUUUGCCAAAUAUAAAAGUCCACGCAUAUUUUGCUCCUGUGACACCACCACCUACUUCAGGUGGCCCGAGGCCUAGGUAUUGUCGUUGCUGUGUUAUUCUGUAGUGAAUAUAAAUAUAUUAAUUUUAAAUAAAUGAAUAUAAUAAUGUAUCACAUACCCCCUAUGCUUAGUUCUCAAUUUGCAUAUGCUUGGCACAGCUUGACUAUAAGUAUUUUAAUGAUUUUAUUCAAUAUGAUAUAAUGAACUUUAA